CUCAGGUCCGCCCCGCGCCCCACCCGUACUCAUAAAUACUACGUCGCCGCGCGCAUCUCCUCAUUCCUCAUCCGAUCUCCGUACUCGGUGCACGUGUGACGCGAUCGCGAUUCUCGACCCAGUGUUCGUGUUCAGUGACUACAUAACAACGAUGAAAGCAAUCACAGCAGUGUGCGCGACUGGCGCCUCCGUCCCAACGAUAGCCAGGGGUCGUGUGCAAAGGCAACGCGACGGUGAGAAUGCCGAGAUCCAGAUGUACCUGUCUAAACUGCAGGCAUUGGUGCCUUGCAUGCCCAAAAACCGGAAAAUCUCAAAACUGGAGGUAAUCCAGCACGUGAUCGACUACAUCUGCGACCUACAGUCGGCGCUAGAGAACCAUCCAGCUGCAGACCAGUUCGAUGUGGAGGCAGCGCUGGCAGGUGAACCGCUGGCGGCGCUCCCGCGCGCAUCCACGCCCGAGCGACCGCCGCGGCGCCCCCUAGGUCCUCGUGUCACGCCCAACACUAUCCUCACCUCCACACCCACAACCCUCGCGCAUGAACUCAGAACCUUAACGGUGAGUACUCCUGGAAUCCAGAAACUAUCUCAUAAAAUAACGUUUACAUUUUCCAUCAUAUUCCUUUCAUCUGACGUGUACCCUCUUAGUCACGAAAUUGUAGAGUCGGUAAAUAAGCAGUUGCAAUCUAAACCGCUGCUCACGCAUGCAUGACGGCUGUUUUGAAUUUCAGCCUUGAAGCGCGGCCACCUGCGCCGGCGCCGCGUAAACGACCGUGUACUGACACACAAUCUGAAUAUUCAACACUUAUUUAUAUUGCCUCGUUUAACAUUCCGACUGACACCUGCGCGUGAUUGCUGUUUCAUCAAUAUCCAGUUAGUUUAAUAUUAACCGCUACAUAUUCAGAAAUUUUAGUAUCUGAAUGUACUGUUUUAAAGUACAAUCCAAAUGAUAACUGUUUAUGUAUACUGCAUAGAGCAGCGCGCGGCAGGUGCAUCGCGCAGGAUUUAUUCGAGCGCCUUGCGAGUGGUGAUUACAAGCCGCAGCCGCAGGCGCAAUGCGCGCUCGUUAAUACUUGGUCGCGCCACGUAAAUUUUAAUCACUGCCAGUUGUUGGAAUCGAGGAAAUGUUCAAAACAACCGUGAUUUAAGAGGCGCGAGGUGCUGACCGCAAUUCCACAAUGCCACCUUUUGUACUGCUUGCUCACGAGCAAUUGAUGCAUAAGUUGAAGAACUAAAGUUUACUAAUUUACACAGUAAUUCUAAUUGAUAUUUACUGUUGCUAGUCUCUUUGUCUGGUUAAUGACACCGGUACCAAGCUUAAUUCAACAUUGGCAACAUUAUAAAGAUAUACCAAAAUCAUGACAAAAUGUUCGUUGUUUUUGAAGGAUUUUCCAUUCACGGAUGUACCUAUACAAAAUUAAGGUGAAUAGCAUCUCUUGGAAUAGUAAUAUAUAAUAAUCUGCCGUUACGGUUGAUGGUGUGGAAACAACAACUGUUUUAAUUAGCCGCAGGCGCCGGCGGUAUUACGUUAUGCAGUAUUUACUAAUAUACAACCUACAAUAUAGGAACCGCUGGAAUGUUGACUAAUCGGACAGCAUUCUUGAAUACAAAUGCGGAAUAAAGUACACAAGGACAUUCGAAUGCCGACUCUGCAUAUUUGAGUGAAAAACAUUAUUAGACAACUCGAAGAUAUCGUGCAGGGAUAUAUGUAUAGUUAAUAUGAAGCAUGUACGUCGUGAGGCGGCAUUUCACGAGGUAUCUGGCAGGGCAUCGCCGUGUGCUAUAAACCUCCGGUCACGAGCAUGCACCACUAUCACGGUAAUUGUUGCCUGCAGCUGCGACUGCUGUUUGGCUCACGAGAUUGACCGUGGGAUUUACAUAGCUUACUCAUAUACACGCUACUUCAAGUUUUUAACGUAAGCUCAUUCCAUUCUGUCUCUACCUUUCCUUUCCCCUCAACCUUUCGUCUAUUGCGUAGGGGCUCGACUUGUUGCUGAAUGCGCCCUUUCACCUUCACGACUAUAAAUGCCAAUGCAGACACGAUCACCAACAACGCUGUUUGACUUUUUGCUCCAGCUGUUAAUAAGGUGUUAAGUACUAUAAUGAGCACUGUUAGGCGUGUAAUCCACUGCGGCAGCACCCCUUUUUAUGCCAUACAAUGGAGUCCUCCCCAUUCAUAACUGUCAUAUCUAUUUGCGCUAUCUUUCAUGCCACACUCGUCAUCAUUUGUUCUGUUUUCCUUUGUAUAGCGAGAGAAAGUCCCACGUCCUCAAUCUUAACUUUAUUACAAAAUGUCAAUAUCACUUAGUCAUCCAA